GACAAAUGAAAGCCCGAGGAGUCUAACUUUUUCUCAGAGGUUGAACAUUGCUAUCGAUGUCGCUAUGGCAUUGGAUUAUCUCCAUCAUCAAUGUGAAACGCCAAUAGUUCACUGCGACCUCAAGCCAAGCAAUGUUCUUCUCAACGAUGAUAUGAUUGGACAUGUUGGCGACUUUGGGUUGGUAAGAUUCCUCCUGAAACUUCCUGAUAGCUGUUCUGGUAAUCAGUCAAGUUCCCUUGGAGUAAAAGGAACAUUUGGUUACACUCCUCCAGAGUAUGGUAUGGGAAAUGAAGUCUGGACACAAGGUGAUGUGUAUAGUUAUGGCGUCCUACUGUUGGAAUUGUUUACGAGAAAAAGGCCAACAGAUGAGAUAUUUCAAGGAAGUGUAAACCUUCAUAAUUUUGUCAAGACUGCUUUGCCUAAUCAGGUUGAACAGAUUGUGGAUCCUGUUCUGGUUCAAGAAAGAGGGGAAGGGAUCAUUAGCACAGACAAUAAUCUUAAUGGAGAUAGUACAAGGGCUUUCAUCAAUAUUCAAGAAAGCUUGAUUGCCAUUUUAGAAGUUGGUGUUGCUUGUUCUGCAGAGUUGCCAAGAGAACGGUUGGACAUUCGUGAUGCUCUGGCAGAAAUGUGUCGGAUUCGAAACAAACUUUGA